GUGAUAGACAAAAGAAAAGAAAAAAUUUAUCAAAAAGAAAAUUUCCUUCUUUGUGACAUUGAAAUAAGAAACGUAAUUUAUGAAAUUUUGCUAAAAAAAACGACAAUAAUUUUAUGAAAUUCUUGAGAAAUUAGCUAGUAAUGAAAAGCUGCCACUAGAAAAGCCAAUAAAUAAAAGUGCCAAUUAACUUGCAACAGAAAACCUUAAACGUCCAUAUGUAAUAAUUUGUUAAUUAACUGAGGAGUUUUAUUACAUUAUUCGCUUCCAAUAAGAAUAUUUUUAUACCUUAUCAACAAAUAUGGGUAAUGCUGGUAGCACAAGUAUGCAUAGAGAACGCCACAAGUCCAGCGACAUCUCUACACCAAAUUCUCCAUUUCGUGAAUUGCCCCUACGGGGAGAGGGUAGUUCUACGGCUCAGGGUAUUGCGGCUGUCAGUGGUGGCCAGGCAUUCACAUUUGAUAAAAAACGUGAUUCAGUUUUACACGGUGGCUCGUCACAAGAAGACGAUGAAACAACAUCCGAACCCUAUUAUACGAAACCAAUAAGCAAAGCAGCAAACGAACAGCAGCAGCAACAACAACAAACAGCUGCUGCCUCUGUCGACCCUGAGUUUAGUUCAGCUGAACCGCGCAAACGCUCAAGUACUAUAUCGGAAGGAACUACAACUUCAUCAUCAACUGUAACGCAAAUAAUGCCUCAACAUAAAGAUUCUUCCGCUGCGGAGGCAAACGAUGAAGCUCCGCAAAAGACGCAACAAGAGCUAGAUGAAGAAGAAAUGCGUAAUCCCGCAUUACCCACUGUUUUGCGCUGGGAUGGCGGUGGUCAAAACGUAAUGAUUUCCGGUACAUUUACCCAAUGGAAACCCGUACCCAUGGUACGCAGUCAUGCCAAUUUUGUUACCAUUAUUGAUUUGCCCGAAGGAGAUCAUCAAUACAAAUUCUGUGUUGAUGGUGAAUGGAAACAUGAUCCCAAAUUGAAAAGCGUCGAAAAUGAUGCUGGUGAAAAGUCAAAUUUAGUGUCGGUGCGUCAAUCGGAUUUUGAAGUAUUUCAAGCCUUAGCUAAAGACAGCGAAAACUGUGUCAACAAUGCCGAUAAAGAGUAUUCACAAGAUGUGCCCCAGUCUAAGCCAUGGGAAAAGGUAUCGGGUCCACCCAUCUUACCGCCUCAUUUAUUGCAGGUUAUUUUAAAUAAGGAUACUCCUUUGUCGUGUGAGCCGACUUUGUUGCCUGAACCGAAUCAUGUUAUGUUAAAUCAUUUAUAUGCAUUAUCCAUUAAAGAUGGUGUCAUGGUUUUAAGUGCAACUCAUCGUUAUCGUAAGAAGUACGUUACCACUUUGUUGUACAAACCCAUUUAAAUAAAAAAGCAACACUGAACCAAACCAAACCAAACAUAACAAUAUACUAUAUAUUAUUAAUAUUAUUAUUAUUCAAAAAUAACAUUUACUCUUACUGUAAUUUUGAAUUAAUUGAAUAAUCUAUUUAAAAAAUGCUGUUGCAAUAUAUAUUUUUUUAAUCUUCUUCGAAAUCUAUUAUUAAAUGGUUUUAGUUCUUAAUUUAGUUUGUUGUUUCGGUGUUUUUCCACUAAAACUGAAUAUAUAAUUAUUCAUAUUUAUAAUAAAUAAAUAAUAUAAAUGGUGUUAUAUACAUACACACAUACUUAUUAUUUAUUUAAA